UAGGAGCGUAUACGAUAUGUUUUUAAAAUUAACGCAGUCAUAAAGAUUUUCUAAGAUACAAACUGAACUUACCUUAAUAUUUUUUUAAGAAAUGUCCGCCUCAUUUGGAAAUAAACUUAUUGGACGCUCAUCGUUAUCCGCCCCGGGUUACAUAUCAGGAGUCACCUCUAGCAAUUAUUCAAUAAGAGGAAACCCUUUACCUCAAGACACAUUACAAGAAUUAAAUGUUUCAAAAGAUCCGUUCGGUCAAGCACCUUUCGGUUAUGUACCAGGACGAGGUCGAGGUGCAACGGGUUUCGCUGGAGGGGUUAGUCGUGAUGAUACAGUAGACGAUCGCGGAGAUUACUCGGAAACAAACUAUGACGAAUUUUCGGGUUACAGUGAAGGACUCUUUCGUGAUUCAGAGUAUGAUGAGGAAGAUCGACACGCUGAUCUAGUGUACGAUCAGAUAGAACAACGUAUUGAUACAAGGCGACGUUCUAGAAGAGAAGCAAAGCUGAAAAACGAACUUUCAAAAUUCCGUGCCGAAAAGCCUACUAUUGUUCAACAAUUCGCAGAUCUCAAACGAGGCUUGGCUAAUGUCACCUUAGAGGAGUGGGAUUCUAUUCCUGACAUAGGGGACUAUACUCUUAAAGUAAAGCAAAAAAAACCAUCUAGCGUGUCGUUGGCUCCAGACUCUCUAUUAGUGCAAGCUCAUGCUUCCACACAAAUGGUAGGAUCUAUUGAUCCUUCUGGAGAUAUUGGAGGAGGUACAACGACUCCGAUUGGUUUGGGUCUACAAACGCCUUUUGGACUUCAAACGCCUUUGGGUUUACGUACACCACUUGGCUUAAGUACUCCAUUAAUGGGUGGAAGUACUACAACAUUUGGAGGAUAUCGAACAUCUCUGGCCGGGCGACAAGCACCUUCACUUAACGAUUUAGGAGAGGCUAGAGGAACGGUUCUUUCUGUAAAACUUGAUAAAGUUAUGGACAAUGUUUCUGGCCAAACUGUUAUUGACCCUAAAGGCUAUCUAACUGACCUUAACUCAAUGCCGAUAUCAACCGAUGCUCAUAUUGCUGAUGUAAAAAAAGCACGUCUUUUACUUCGGUCAGUUAUUCAAACGAAUCCACAACACGCUCCAGGGUGGAUUGCAGCUGCUCGUUUAGAAGAAUUACGAGGAAAACUGCAAGCCGCUCGGGAAUUGAUUGCCCAGGGGUGUAUUAACUGUCCUAAAAAUGAGGAUAUCUGGUUGGAAGCAGCACGUUUUGAAAAACCUGUAGAUGCAAAAGCUAUUUUGGCUAAUGGUAUUAAGCAAAUACCUCAAUCUGUAAAACUUUGGCAAGAAGCCGCGAAUAAAGAAAGUGAUAUAAAGACAAAGAAAAUUGUUUUAAGAAAGGCAUUACAGUUUAUUCCUAAUUCAGUUAAACUUUGGAAAGAAGCGAUUUCUAUGGAAGAACCGGAAGCUGCAAGGAUAAUGUUAACACGGGCAGUUGAAUGUGUUCCUCAAUCAGUCGAAAUUUGGUUAGCUUUAGCACGUCUAUCAUCUUAUGCAGAUGCACAGAAAGUACUGAAUGAAGCGAGAAAGCAGGUUCCUACAAGUGUUGAAGUUUGGAUUAGUGCUGCAAAGCUUGAGGAAACUCAUGGAAAUUUGGAAAUGGUUGAGAAAAUUAUUACAAGAGCUGUUACAAAUUUAAGUUCUAAAGGGGUUAAUUUUGAUCGUGAGCACUGGCUUAAAUUUGCGGAAGAAAGCGAAAAAACUUCGUAUAAGCAAACAUGUAUUAUGAUUGUCAAAGUGACUAUGAGUAUUGGCGUUGAGAGUGUUAACCGUGCUCGCAUUUGGUUAGAAGAUGCAGAGGGGGCCUUAUCUCGGGGUUGUGUGGAAACCGCAAGAUCUCUCUAUACAAAUUGUUUACAAUUUUUGCGGGGCUUUGAAAAAGGCUGGAUUUCUUUAGCCCAAUUAGAGCUGCAUCAUGGAACAUCUUCAAGUCUAGAUGAACUGUUAUGCAAUGCGGUAAAGGAUUGUCCAGGCUCCGAGGCUCUAUGGUUAAUGGCAGCAAAGCAAAAAUGGUUAUCUCGAGAUGUGAAUGCAGCACGACAAUUGCUCUCAAACGCCUUCACACAUGUAGAAAACAAAGAAGCUGUAUCGCUGGCGGCUGUCAAAUUAGAACGAGAAACUGGGGAAUUCGAAAGAGCUCGAGUGUUAUUGCAACAAGCACGUCUGCGUUGUAACAAUAGUGUCAAAGUCUGGAUUCAAUCAAUUCAACUAGAACGGUUUCUUCAAGAGUAUGAUCGUUCAAUGGAGCUCGUUCGCGAUGCGUUACGCAUACAUCCAAAUUGUGACAAACUAUGGAUGAUUUAUGGGCAGCUUCAUCUAGAAAAAUCUCCUGAAGAUGUUCCUGAAGCCAUUAAACAAUUCGAAGAAGGAUUGAAACAUUGCUCUAAUUGUAUAGAGCUUUGGUUGUGCGCAGCUGAAAUUUAUUUGACAGAAAAAAAUUAUAAUAGAGCUCGUGCUGUUAUAGAAGAAGCCAGAUUUAAGAAUCCCAAGCAAGAUCUUUUAUGGUUAUUUGCGGUUCGCCUAGAAAAAGCUUGUUCAGGAGUUCCAAAUACUUUUGAGUUUCAAUUGGAAAAUAACAGUUCAGUACCGAAUCUGAAAAUAGCACAUCACAUGAUGUCGAGAGCGUUACAAGAAUGUCCAAAGUCAGGAGUUCUAUGGUCUGAAGCCAUUUUUCUGGAACCCACAAAUUCUAGAAACGCUAAAUCGGUUUGUGCACUGAAUCAGUGUGAAAAUGAUCCAUAUGUAAUAUUAGCAAUCGCCAAAUUGUUUUGGGCUAAUGGAAAACUUGCAAAAGCACGUCGGUGGAUGAAUCGUACUGUUACACUCAAUUCUAAAUUUGGAGAUGCGUGGGGUGCUUACUUUUUAUUAGAGCUUGCGUUAGGAAACGAUGCUACGCGUACUGAAGUUAUAAAGAACUGUACUAAAUGCGCACCUAAUGCAGGAAUUGAUUGGAACCGUGUUGUGAAAAAGCCGUGUCAUUGGACUCUAUCGUAUCCAGAGAAAUUGCGCGUUUUCGCCGAGCACUAUUUUGGAAAAUAUCUUUUAAGUGAAAAUUGUAAAGUAGCGAUUGGUGAAGAUGUCCAAAAUCUUUUAUAUGGACGUCAAACAACUAGUGAGAACAAGAAUAGUCUGAAAACUAUAAAUGAAAUCACGCCGGAAACACAUGCUUAAUUUUUUUUGUUUUUGGUCUUCCUUGAUUCGAAGUGCAAACACUAAUGAUAACAAAAGCUUUAUUUAGUUGAAA